CGAAUACGGAAGUGGUUGGUUACCUCUGUUGUUGUCACUUUAUUUGCGAAACAUAUUCAAUUGCCUCUUUAGAACUAUGUAAAAACGAUACAAAUUAUGGUGAAGAGUUUAGUUUCCCCGUAUUAGAUUUCUCUAACUCUAAGCAUGGCUUCGAGGGGAGAUAAAGGGAAUGGAAAUGGCGAAGAGCAGAUCGUCGAGACGCUGGCAGAGGUAUUCCGGUGCUUCAUUUGUAUGGAAAAGCUGGUUGACGCGCACCUAUGCCCUCAUUGUUCGAAACUUUGUUGCUAUGCUUGUGUCCGGCGCUGGCUGACGGAACAGCGGUCUCAGUGCCCGCACUGCCGUGCUGCACUUCAUCUGCACGAAUUAGUGAACUGUCGUUGGGUAGAGGAGGUCACCCAACAAAUAGAAACCAUGCAACAAAGUAACUCAGCUAGUCAACGAGAAAGCUUCAGGGACAGGUGCCCGACGCACCAGGAGAAGCUGACGGUGUACUGCUGGACGUGCCGACGCUGUAUCUGCCACCAGUGCGCGCUGUGGGGUGGCACGCACUCGGGCCACACCUUCAAGCCUCUCGAGGAGGUGUACGAGCAGCACGUGACGCAGAUCCGCGACGAGGUCUCGCAGCUCCGGCGGCGACUCAUGGAGCUCAUCAGUCUUGUACAGGAUGUUGAACGUAAUGUGGAGUCGGUGCGCGCGGCGAAAGACGAACGCGUCCGGGAGAUCCGUAACGCAGUGGAGCUGAUGAUAUCGCGGCUGGACUCCGCACUGAAGGCCAAACUGCUAACGCUUAUGGGCCAGAAGAACAGCCUUACGCAGGAAACGGAACAGCUUGAGCAUCUGCUGCAGGAGAUUGAGCAUCAGCUACAUUCCAGUACAAGGUCUGAAUUGAUAGCAAAAAGCGGUGAACUAUCGAAGAUGAUACACCAGGUCCGUAAGAAACCUAUGGCCAGUUUCGUGACUGCUCCAGUGCCCGCUGAUUUCCAUAGUGAAAUAGUGCCGAGCUACGACAGCAGCACGUUCCCGCUGUCAAACUUCACACAGCUGCAGCACGCGGCGGCGCCCGUGUACUCCGCGCCGCUGCACGUCAACGGCCUCUGCUGGCGGCUGAAGGUGUACCCUGACGGCAACGGCGUCGUGCGCGGCAACUACCUCUCCGUCUUCCUCGAGCUCAGCGCUGGCCUGCCGGAGACCUCCAAAUACGAGUACCGUGUGGAGAUGCUGCACCAGGUGUCGCGGGAUCCCAGCAAGAACAUCGUGCGAGAGUUCGCGUCAGACUUCGAGGUGGGCGAGUGCUGGGGCUACAACCGCUUCUUCCGCCUCGACCUGCUCGCCAGUGAGGGAUACCUCAACCCUGAAGCUGAUACUCUCAUACUCAGGUUCCAAGUGCGACCGCCCACCUUCUACCAGCGUUGUCGGGACCAACAGUGGUAUAUCAAUCAGCUUGUAACAUUGCAGAAUCAACAUAUAUUGCAGAUAAAUGAUCUCAAAGAACGUUUAAGUUUGGAAAUGUCACGUAACUCGAUAGCAGCGACGCGAGCUCCGAACACCUCGAUACCUUCGCAAGGCAACAACGACGACAAUCCCGCUCAGAACAACUCUGUGGACGGCAGCGCCCUCAACGACUCCUUGCUGUACGGCAACCAGUGGAAGUUUAACACCAGCCAAAGCAUCAUCAACGGACAAAGACUCACCAGUCCAGCGGGUAUUCUAAAUACAUCCUUAUUUUUGGACGAUACGACACGUAACAAUGACGUGUCGUCGCAGUCGGGCUACGGGUUCGGUGACUACGCGCCGCUCGAGCGCUGUCUGCAUUCGCACACACAUGCGCACGCGCAGCACGCGCUAGACGCAUACAACCUGCCUUCUACUUCAAGGUCUGCCAGUUCUCUGGCGGCGGGAAGCGGCACGGCGGUGGGUGGUGCGGGUGGUGGCGGUGCGGACAGCAUGGCGCUGGUCAGCCUGCACACGCUGCUGAGCGCCGCACGUCCCCCCGCUCGUCUGCCGAGACACGACAAGUUGCGUGCGCCCGCGCAGCCCGGCACACCCGCCCUACCGGCCAAGGAUACCGCUCUCACUGCUGUUGCCAGCAGUCCUGUGACAGUGGCGACGAGCAGCCCGGCGCUGUGCGCGUCCAUGUCUUCGCCCGAACUGAACAGCGCGGGGGCGAAGUCCGAGGCCGCGCUGGAGCCACCACCCGACGCCGCGGAGAGCCCCAACGCGACGCAGAGCCCUCACGUCGCCUCCGAGACUAGUAGUGACACCGGGGAGCUAAUGUUCACGGAGCUCGAAAGUUUGACAGAAGAUAUCAAUCCUAACAAUGUCGACGACAACUCUAACGAGGAGAACGAUGUUGACGAGGAAACUAUGUCUGGCGAAAACGACGUGGAGGGUGCGUGCGGCGUGUCUCCGGAGGCGGGUGCGGACGCGCUGAGCCGGCUGCUGUGCGCGGUGCACGGGCGCGCCGUGACUCCGGCCGGCAGUGAUGGCAGCAACCCUCCGCCCGCGCCCUCCGCACCCGCGCCCGCUGACCCCCAGCUCUCCACCGCCGCUCACACAGACAUGCUGCUGCUCAACCUCAUGCGCAUCAACGGACUCACGCCUAAACACUCCAAGCACGGACCAAAGCGUAGUUGGGCGACGAGUGUGCACUCGGCCGAGCCGGGUCACAGCGGUGGGUCGCGGUCGCAGCGGCGGGGUGCGAGUGCAGUGGGUGCGGUGUCGAGCGGGGCGGGCGCGGGGGCGAGGCCCCGUGCUCGGCAGACGCGGGCACCGCCCCUCUCACCCGGCCAGCUGCGCCGCACACAUGCGCCUCUACCUAACGUUGGUUCUAUGUCAGGGCGGGCGUGCAGCGGUGCGGGCAGUGCGGGGGGCGCGGGCACCGCGGGCUCACCUGAAGCGCUGCACGACUACUGGCGCUCCGUCUCCUCCAUCAGCGACGCGGACGACGUCGACGCCAUACUAGAGUACAAUGAUACGCUAUUCGACAUUUUACUGAAUAGUUUGUCGCUCGAGAGCGGCGGUGCGGAGUGCGAGGAGCCGCCGCCUGUGCAGCCCUGGAGCCCCGCCGCUACCCGCGAUACGCCAGCACCACACACCCCACACGCCCCGCACGCCCCACACGCCCCACACGCCCCACACGCCCCGAGACCAUCGCAGAUCACUCAGAUCACCCGCGUCACUCACUCACCCCGCGCCGCCGCGUCGCGAAGAUCCACCCCUAGUCAGUACGCAGGCGACCGCGAGACGCGACGCACGUGCGACUCGCGGUACGGGUGCGAUUGCGAUGAAACGCAAGAGGCGGGUGAUGCUCGAUACGAGAUCUACGAUGAGGAAAGGAAUGUGACAUUGGAGAGACGAGGCGGGCGAUCGCGGCGCGCGAACAGCGUGUACUUUGUACAUAAUGAGGAGCUGCGUGAGUGCGACGACCACCUCCACAAUAAUCACUACAACGGCAACAGUCCGCAGAGCUACCGUCGCGAGUACUACCAUUGA